AUGGCCGAGCCCGAUGAUCCGCUCGUGAUUAAUGUCGUGGGUCGACACAAGGAGCGCGAAAAUCAGGAUCUCCAAGGCGAGUACCACAUGAUCGGCAUGGUGCACGGCCGUCCUGCUUAUCGCAAACCUGGUACGAGGACGGUGAUUAGAUACUGGCCUGUCGCUGACCGCUGGCUGAUCGACAGGGAGGGUGUCCAGGAGUCUGAUAUUUGCAACGCCUAUGCAGAGCAGGGCGGUGCAAGGCAUCCUGCAGUCGAGGAGCUCGUGUGGAGAGUCUGGGAGUCUCAGCAUCGGCAGCAUGUCCGUGACCCCGAGUUCCUGGUGACCGCAGCGCCCAACACCAUCCAAGUGCUUGGGCGUGCUGCUGGAAAGGAGAACUGGGCCUUGAACGGUGAGUACAAGUUGAUUGGACUUCAUCAAGGCAAAGUUGCUUACCAGAAGGCAGGCAAGUUUAAGCAUGCCAUUCGAUACUGGAGAGUCGGAGACAGGUGGCUUAUUGACCUGGAAGGUCUGCGAGAUGUGGAUAUUUGCAAUGCAUAUGCAGAUGCGCAGAGCACCAGCUAUCCAGGUGAGAUCCGGCUUCAGUGGCACAUCUGGGAUUCAACCAGGCAGCGCCACACCUUAGACAGCAGCCUCUGCACUUUGGUCACGCCCUCCGUCAUCGAAGUGGUCGGUCGGGAGUCGCCGAAGGAGAACACAGCGAUGAACGGCAGCUACCAUUUAGUCGGGCUACAUGCCGGCCAGCCGGCCUACAUGAAGACUGAUGGCAGCGGUCACGCGAUCCGCUACUGGCCGCGAGAGGAGCGCUGGCUGAUAGAUCUAGAUGGCUUGCGAGAUACAGAGAUUUGCAAUGCUUAUGCGGAAGCAGGUGGAACAGGAGCGCAUAUGCAUCCUGGCCAUCUGAAUCUGGUUUGGCACGUCUGGGAGACGAGCCGCGGGCGGCACCUCACGGAUCCAGCGGUGCGUUCGUUCGUCGCACCACACUUCGUGAGAGUAUCUGGCCGGGACCCAUACAAGGAAAAUUCUACGAUCAACGGGGAUUACGAGCUCGUAAAGAUCGUGGAGGGCAAGCCAGCCUACAAGAAGGCGGAUGCUGACCACGUGAUUCGAUUUUGGCCGGCAGAGGAGCGAUGGAUCAUUGACCUCGAAGCUGGCUUUCAUGGCGGAGAUGUCGCAAACACCUUCGCAGAUGCCAAAGGUGCAGAGAACCCUGGCAACAGCGAGUUGCUCUGGUAUGUGUGGGAAACGAGUCGGGGCCGCCACGUCCCGGAUGAAGAUGUCAUAGCCGACGCUGUGUGGCUCCCUCCCGUGGAUUGGUCCAAAGUGCCCGGAGUGUCCGACUGA